AUGGUACUUCAUCAUUCCGAAGAGAUUACAGUUGUUACACCUGAGGGUGACCAUCCAUCUUUUCCCGCAUUUUUCUCUCGACCAAAUUAUGGAUCCGGUCCAGGUUUAAUACUUAUUACGGAACAUCUUAAUAUGACUCAAGAUGAUGAACAAGAAGCUAAUUUAUUUGCUCAAGAAGGAUAUGUGGUAUUAUUAUUAAAUUUGGAAACACUUUCAUUAGAUGAUGAUGAAGAAGCAUUAAUAUAUAUUAGAGGUGCCAUAAAUCAUUUUGAAAAUGUAUCAGAAAAAGUUGGGAAAAUUGCAAUUAUUGGUCGUGGACAUGGGGGAUCACUUACAUUAAAAUUAAUUUCUCAAGAAUCAUCUUUACAAAAAGCACAUGAUGCAAACUUCAUUUCACGUAUUGAUUGUGGGCGUGGAUUCGCUUCACCAAAUUAUGAUCAAAUAUCACAAGAAAUUAGUUUUAAAAGUGAUUUAGCGCAUACAAGAUCUUUAAGUAUUUUAAGAAAAGUGAUAGGACCUUAUCGUAAUUUAUCAGAUUUAUGGGAAACACAUAUGAAACAUGAAUUUACUUCAAAGGAUGUUCAAAAGACAAUGAGCACGAUGACAGAUGAUGCAUAUGUUAAUCAUGUCCCAACCAUGAUUGGUGGUGGAGUUGAACAUGAACGUCUUGCACAAUUUUAUCAAAACCACUUUGUUAAUUCCAAUCCACCCGAUACCAAAAUAAUCCCUAUUUCACGUACGAUAGGAGUAAAUCGUUUAGCCGAUGAAAUGAUAUUAUGUUUUACCCAUACACAAGAAAUCGAUUGGCUUCUUCCGGGAGUAGCACCAACUAACAAAUAUGUUGAGAUACCAAUGGUGGGAAUUAUAUAUUUUCGAGAUAAUAAAUUGUAUGCUGAACAUAUUUAUUGGGACCAAGCGUCAGUACUUGUACAAAUCGGAUUGAUGAAAAAUAUAGGUUCAUUACCUGUCACAGGGGCGGAACAAGCAAAAACAUUAUUAGAUAAGAAAUUACCGAAUAAUGAAUUGUUGAAGAGAAAAGCAAAAUAA